UAGCGGGCCAAUGUGACAAUGUGAAGGUGCUGCAAGAAUGGCAAGGGAACUACCAGGCAGAGUUCAGGGACAACGCGCCCAAAGAUAUCGACGGUCUGCGCCUUGAACUGAGCUUCCAGUCCAGAGUGUUGCGUCUAGAGCUACAAAAAGGAAGCGUAGAACAGGUUGAUGACUUCACUUUCAUCAUCACUGACCCAGCACUGAAGGUAUCUGCGGGUGAGGAAGUAUGGUACCUAAUCCAAGUCUACUACUACUUCACCUUCCCCCAGGUGGUGAAAAAUGUGAUGAACGACGAACUGCUGUGUGAGGACAACACACUCACCACUCCAGAGCCAAUGGUCAACCCAUGUGAUGCAACAGGAAUGAAGCCUCAUGACUAUGCACAGGUUCUGUGCAUGUCAUAUAUGUUCUAUGAAGCACAGAGGUCGGGUCCACUGCCUGCUGACCAGCGAGUGACCUGGCGUGGUGACUCGGUCCUCGAUGAUGGCUCGGACGUGGGCCAUGACCUGUCUGGAGGCUACUAUGAUGCUGGGGACCACGUCAAAGUUGGGUUUCCGAUGGCCUUCACCACCACCAUGCUGGGCUGGGGACUAGUGGACUUCCUGGAGGGACACCAGGCGGCAGGUAAGGAGAAGUAUGGGUUGGCUACCAUUAAGUGGGCGACAGAUUAUUUUCUGAAGGCACACACUGAUACAUACGAGUUCUACGGCCAGGUGGGCUCCGGUGGACCAGACCACGCAUAAUGGGGCCGUCCUGAGGACAUGACCAUGGACCGACCCUCAUACAACAUUGACGCUACCAACGGAGGCACUGAACUGGCUGGCGAGACAGCUGCAGCUUUGGCUGUUGCCUCUGUUGCUUUCCAGGAAUCAGACGCAGCCUCUGCUCUGCUGGAUCACGCCAAACAACUUUAUGACUUUGCUGACAAGUACCGCAAGAAUUACCACGACUCUAUCCCGGACGCCAGCGCCUUCUACAGGUCCUGGAACGGGUACGGGGACGAGCUGUGUUGGGCCGCACUGUGGCUAGCUAAAGCAACUGGGGAUGACCAGUUCAUUGAGAAAGCCAAAGCAGUUUUCUCGGGACGACAAGAGAGCCGGAGUGUAUGCACUCUUUUACAACCUGACGAGCGACACUCAGUACCUGGAUCUCCUUAACGUUUACCUGGACUGGCUGAAAUCUGGCGCUACCUACACCCCUGAGGGACUUGUCCAUCUGGAUGCAUGGGGCGCCAACAGACAUGCUGCUAAUGUUGCCUUUAUCUUGCUAUGGGCCGCCAAGCAUGGGAUAGAUGGAGAGAAGAACAGGGAAUGGGCUCGAGAACAGAUUGGUCAACUACUGGGAGACAACUCGCGCUACGAGCGUUCAUUCGUGGUGGGCUAUGGGCAGAACCCGCCUGAGCGGCCCCACCACCG